AUGCCUCAAUCUAACCCUGGCUAUGGUUUCGCAGUUGCUGCCUUCGUUCUAGUGGUGUAUGAUUGGGCACUUACAUUUGAACAAGAGGUCGAAUUGGUCUGGCCUGGCCAUGCUUGGUCAUCUUCCGACCGUCUCGGUGACAGAUACAGCUGGAUCUUGUACAUCGUAUGGUUUUGGACGGGUAUUUUGUUAUUUGCAAUGCUGUGCGUUAUCAUGAUUACUCGGUUGCAUGCCAUGUAUCAACGAUCGAGAAAGAUCCUUGUAUUUCUCAUUGUCACCUUCCUGGCUGUCAACGUGUUCGGCGGAGUGGCCAUCGUAAUAACAAUGAUGCAUACUUCAGGGGAGGAGCUUAUUCUCUCCGGCACUUAUCAGUGCUCAAUUGGGUAUGCGGAAGAUAUCCCACUUCUGGACGCUGUUGGUUGGAUACUAGACAUUGUGUGGGAGAUCCUCACACUGUGUCUUUCCGUCUGGAUUGCGGCAAAGCACUUCCGUGAACUGCGACGACAUUCGGCAGGAGGGUUUAUGGGGGACUGUUUCACGGUAUUGAUCAAAACUCAUGUGCUUUACUUUGCGAGCUUUGUUGCUGUUUCGUGCCUCACCCUCAUCCUUAAUUUCUCUCCGAUACUCUCGACCUACCAGAAUUUUCUGGGAAUUCAGACUUUAUAUGGCUUUUCUCAGAUUUUCGAGGUCAUACAAAUGUUUGUGCUGGGACCACGGCUGAUCCUCGGUAUUCGAGAAUAUAACGCUAAGCUUGUGGCCGACUCAGACGUAGCGACCGCUAUGACCUCAAUCGCUUUCCAAGAGCGUGUGGAUACACCUACUGGCAGUGGCGUGUAA